CCUGCGGCUGCCCUCUUUCGCCGCCUCCCUCCCUGGGAAUCCCGCAUCUCCUCCUCCUCCUCCUCUCCUGGAGCCUGCUGCAUCCUUCGACCCGGGCUCUUGAGGGAUCUCUUUCCUCCCCCCACCCUUCCAGGAGUGAGACAUCCCCCCAUGGCCGUGGAGAAGGAGAAGAAGACCUGCGGGCAAGUCAUGACCGAGUGGAAGGAGUUCGUGUGGAACCCCAGGACGCACCAGUUUUUGGGGCGCACCGGCAGCAGCUGGGCCCUGAUCCUGCUCUUCUAUCUCAUCUUCUAUGGCUUCCUCACGGCGCUCUUCACCCUCACCAUGUGGGUUAUGUUGCAAACAGUGGACCCCAACAUCCCCAAGUAUCAAGACCGCCUCUCUGUCCCAGGUAUGAUGAUCCGCCCGAAGACGGAUGCUCUGGAGAUCACCUACAACGUUUCCAACACUGAGGUCUGGGAGAGUUACGUAAAGAUGCUCAAUAACUUCUUGGGAGCCUAUAAUAAUUCAAAGCAAGUGGCCGCCAAUGAGUUCUGCCGCCCGGGGCAAUACAAUGAACAGCCCGACAACGGGGUGCUGAAUAUCCCCAAGCGGGCUUGCCAGUUCAACCGCACAAUGCUGGGCGACUGCUCGGGCCUCAAUGACACCAGCUAUGGCUACCGGGACGGGCGUCCUUGUGUCCUGGUCAAAAUGAACCGGGUCAUCAAUUUUUACGCUGGAGCCAACAAGACGAUGAAUAUCUCUUGCUUCCCAAAGAAGAAAAAAACCCCACUGGAUGACUUGAUAAAAGAAGAAGAUGCCCAGAAACUGGGAGAGAUGGCCAUGUUUCCUGCCAAUGGGAACAUUGAUCUCAUGUACUUCCCUUAUUAUGGCAAAAAAGUACAGGUCAACUACACGCAGCCGGUGGUGGCGGUCAAAUUCCUCAACCUCACCUUCAACGAGGACCACAACAUUGAGUGCAAGAUCAAUGCCGCCAACAUCGCCACCACCGACGAGCGGGACAAGUUUGCCGGCCGCGUGGCCUUCAAGAUCCGCGUCAACAAAGACUGAGAGCCGGGGGGUUGCUCGCCGUCCUUCGGCGUCCCCCCGUCCCUUUUGCACCCUUCUUUUCUCCUUCCGAGGAUCCCGCUGGCCAUUUCCCGGUCCACGCAUGGACGAAUUGAUGACGGACGAGGUCCCGGAGGUCAAUGGUGUCCAUCUUGGCCACUGCUCCUCUUCCUCCCCGUCCUAGGGUCACUAACCUUGGCUACUAGACAAUCCCAUAUUCCUUUUCCAUCCUAAAAUAUGAAGGCUUUGCUGCUUCCAAAACCCGACCCGCCAUCUUUUCCUCCCCUUCUGGAAUGCUACUUUGGCUCAUUCUCUAACCCAGGUGUGGGCAAACUUGGGCCCUCCCUCCAGGUGUUUUGGACUCCAACUCCCACAAUUCCUAACAGCCGGUAGGCUGUUAGGAAUUGUGGGAGUUGGAGUCCAAAACACCUGGAGGGCCCAAGUUGGCCCAUGCAUGUUUCUAACCUCACAAUCUGUGACCCUGAAUCCCCCCUUGUUUCCCCCUUCCUGAGAUAUUUCCUAAUAUAAUAAUAAAAUGUAUAUAGAUAUUUUUUAUAUAUAUAUUAAAAAUUAAGGUACCGCCGAGCCCUCUUGUGUUUCUCCUGCCCUUCGCACAAACACAUGCUCCUUUUCUUCUUUUGUUUCCCCCCUCCUCCCCAAAAUCUUUUAUAUUCUUGCCUGGAAACUUGUUAUUAUUAUGAACUAGAUAAUGGAGAUUUUAAGUGUUCUCAGCAGGAUUAAUGGUGCAUCUACGCUGCAGAGUUAAUGCAGUUCGAUAUCAUUAUUUUUUAACUGCCAUGGCUCUUGUAUCUCGUCCAUCUCUUUGAGAUUCCUUGUCGCAAACUUGAUGGUAUAUUAAAUAUUGCAGAAUGCUAGAAUCGGGGUGCAUCUACAUAGUAGAAUUAAUGCGGUUCAGCGCCACUUUAAACUGCCAUGGCGCAAUGGUAUGAAAUCAUGGGAGUUGACUAUUGGGCGCCAUUUUGUCUCUGGCCUCAUAAAGGCUUGGAGCCGCCAUCUUGUGGGAAAACAAAGAUUCUAUUAAUGUGAAUAUAUAUAUAUAUAUAUAUAUCUCUGCAUGAGGUUUAGGAUAUAUAAGCCACUGACUUCUGAGGAGAACCUGUAAAAUAUUAUUCUCCAGAAAACAAAAUGGCUGCUCAUCAAUUGGGAAAGAAGUAAAACGGCUGCUCUCUUCAGUGUUAAUAGCGGCCAUUUUGUGGCUACUAAUCCUGUCAGUAAAUACUGCAGCAUAUUUUCAGCCUUUUGUGCUCUUCCCGAACUACAAAAUGAUGCCAUAGUGUCUGACUUCUGAGGAGAACAUGUGUAGGCCUUGAAAUAUUAUUUUCCAGGAAACAAAAUGGCUGCUCCUCCUUAAUUUGGAAAAAAACAAAAUGGCCGCUCUCUUCUGUGUGUUGAUGUUUUUGAGGGAUGGUGGACAUAUAUUAUCAACCUUUUGUGCUCUUCCCAAACCACAAAAUGUCUGAUAUCUGAGGAGAACAUGUAUAGGCCAUGAAAUAUUAUUCUUCAGGAAACAAAAUGUCUGCUUCUUAUCAAUUGGGAAAGAAACAAAAUGGCCGCUCUCUUCUCUGUUGAUGUCUUUGAGGAAUGGUGACCAUUUUGUGGCCUCUUGUGGCACAUUAUCAACCUUUUGUGCUCUUCCCGAACUACAAAAUGAUGCCAUAAUGUCUGACUUCUAAGGAGAACCUAUGUAGGCUGUGAAAUAUUAUUCUCCAGGAAACAAAAUGGCUGCUCUCUUCCGUGUGUUGACGUCUUUGAGGAAUGUCAGCCAUUUUGUGGCCACCAAUACUGCCAGUUAACACUGGCAUAUUAUCAACAUUUUGUGCUCUUCCCGAACU